AUUGCGCGGACCUCGCUAUCCCCGGCACACAUCCGCAGCGAAACUAUUCGUUUUAAUUCGGGUCAUCCGGCACGGCAUGUUCCUUAUCUCGCAUAUCUUCUGCUCUUGCCACAUCCACAUUGCCCUCCUGCCACAUCUACUAGCUUCUCACACCUGUCAAACCUGCCACAUCUGCCACCCUCUCACACCUGGCGCACCUGCCGCGCCUGCCGCACCUCCAGUCACACCGCCCUCUUCAACAUUACCCUCUUCAACAUUACCCUUUUUUCAAAUUUCACCCCCGUCACCUCGCUUCUUCAUCGAAGCACCUUAAUCUCGCAUCACUAGAGCUAAUUGCCCCACUACCACAGAG